UUUCUAAUUUAAUACAGUUAGUUCUGACUUCUAUUUAUACUAUAAUAUAUAAGAAAUGUUUGUUUUGUAAUUAUGUAAAUACCCAUUGUUCCUAACGGCUUUACGGAUUUUCACGUUGGAAUAUUAUUUUGUAAAGAAAACUAUUUAUUGACCGCCUGGGGAUAUUCACUCGAUUGACAAAAUAUACAUACAGAUAUGAAGGCGGAAACCUUCGAACGUUUAGAAGGGGAUGCAGAAAUAUUAUCCCAGCGAAUCACGCGAAGCUUAUCAUCGCCUUUUGGACCAUGGAAUCCGUCUGUCAAUCGACAUGUGGCCAUCGCAAUGUUGAGUGUAUACGGACUUAUAUUUUUGGCAGGAUUGAUUGGGCAUGUAUGCGUCGUGGCUUACGCAGUGUCGUCACGGAGGAAAUAUCACACCUGCAGAAGAGGAGCGUUGCUGAUUCUUGCAAAUUUAUCUAUAUCCCAGAUGCUGUUUUUGCUUUUCUGUUUACCAUCGAUCGCUUACAAAUCGAUUAUGAAUCUUACUUUCGAACCCUGGAUUCUGGGAGACAUUGCUUGUAGGAUGGUUCCUUUCGUCGAGCUCUUCAUACUUGGCGUCACUGUUCUGAGUUUCUGUGUAUUGAGCAUCGAUAGACUUCGAUCAGCUGGGCAGAACACAAAAACCUACGAAGAGGCUGGUGAUUCGUGUCUUACUGGAAUAUGCAAGAUAUUUGUGAUAUGGCUUGGUGCAAUGUUGAUUGCAUCACCCGAAAUUUUUGUUUACAAAACAGUGACACAAGAACUACAAAUACCUGAAAAUAUAUUUGAUUUUAUCACAAACAAAGAUUCGAGUCUGAAAGAAGGGAUUUUGCCGGACUACAAAGAACUGAAAGACACAGAAAAUAUCUUUGAAGAUUUGAAAAUUUUCUUCGAAAAGAUUCAUACGUCCUAUGUCAUGGGAGGUGAUGAAUUUGUUCAAGCAAACGUAACGACCUUUGGUAUGACAUAUCAGUAUGAUAAAUGUGUACGAGGUGUGUCGCUUUGGGUAGAUUCGCCUAACUUUCUUGUGACUUUUAUGCACACGUAUGAGAACGUGCGGUUGUGGUGGAUAUUUGGAUUUUAUUUCUGUUUACCAGUAUUUUUUUCACUUUUAUUUGCUAUGAUCAUUGCCAGACAUCUCUCUGCAACACACGACAAAUGUUUGAAAGAUUUUGGAACAUAUCCGGUAGAUGGUGCUGUAGGCACACUCACCAGUCACAAAGGAGGUUCAAUACAUCGAAGCAACAGUCUGGCAAGCAACCAAACUGCUUCGAGUGAAGCCCAGCAACUCAUGCUGGCGACGGAAGGACGACCGGGUGCAUUGACACCAAACAAUGGCAGCUUAAGAAAUCAUCUUUCAGCUAGUCACAGGAGUGCAAGUCCUGCAGGUUCGUUCCCGAGCAUGAUGACGCCUAUGAUAGUGCGAUCAUCAAACGCACCUAUCAGUCCUACAAAUGAAACUGGGAUCGGAUACGCUCAGUCUGUAAUAUCACCUUCCGUGACGUCACCAUCCAUGACGUCAGUAAUGUAUGACGUGAACGGCAAAACUGCGUCAUUGCCCCCUCACGGAAGAGGAUCUCGGAGCAAAGGAAAAGUCCAAAGAAUCAUUCUAUUCAAUGUAGCUAGAGACCGUGCUCUGAACACCUUGUUAGUAGCACUGAUUCUUGCAUAUAGUUUAACAUGGCUUCCACAACAUAUCUUCCACAUAUUGUUCGCCAAGACACAACUGGAAGAAGCGUUGGAUGCACAAUACGUGGGCCUAAUAUUGGAUGUUUGUCGGUAUUUGUCUGCAUUCAGUUUUGCCGUAAAUCCUGCCGUUAUUUAUCUCGCUUACAAAUCGUACAGAAUAUUUUUAGACCGAUUCUGUUGCCCAUGUAAGUGUCGAUGCACAUGCUGCUAAAAAGAACAUCCAAAAGUGGGUUAUAUUUACUAGAUGAAAUGACUACCGCACCAUGAUAAAAGUUCCAAUGUUGCAGCGACCAAAAUCUGAAUAUCCAAGUGCGGAGAUUAGGAACUGCUUGAAGCCUAUUGUUUUUUUUGUAAUUGGAAUACUUCUGCUUAAUACUAGAAUUUAAUUGUUUUAUGAUAGUAUUAUUUAUUGUGAUAAUUAAUACCCGAUUGGACGGAUUUCACUUAAAAACCUGCCGCUUUGCAAAUUAUUUGCGGAUGUACAACUGAUUAUUUUACCUAACCAAAAUUCUUCGUGUGACAUCCAUUCAUGAAUGAGAUAAAUACACUGGUUCAGAGUGGUUAUGAUAUGUUAAAGGUUAGUUCAUUCUUCUUCUCAUCACUUUACUGAAGCCGCUCUGAAGAAAUGUGGUAGAAUUUUUUUUUGUUGAUAAGUAGAGAAAAUUUUCUUUUACACAUUCAUGUCCGGAAUAGGAAUUGAUAACAAAAGUUUUUUUGGUACAGUUAUCCUAAAUAAUGCUGUCACUAGCGGAUUACAAAUAUCAGUUUUUUUAUAAUAAAUUUUCAUAAACAUGCUUUUCAAAAUUUUGAACUUGCUCUGUUGGGAAUUCAGAGCAAUUACAAACGGUGCCGGAGGAAAAACGAAGAUUUACUUUAUUGAUAACUUGUCUUAAAUUAGCGCUCGCGGGUGCCAGGAAUAUCCAGACGUUGUCGGUAUGUCAACAAGUUUCUUUACUUGUUAGCGUGUAAAGGGUUUGUUUGAGUUGUCCAAAUUGAGUUUCUUGUAAAAACGUAUGUAUUACUUGGGCGUGACCAGAGUCUACCAGUUUUCAUGUUUUUCAAAUUCUUAUCAUUAACGAUGACACUUAUGGAGUCAAGUUGGGUCUCAGAUGAUGGUUCAGAAAGGACCCUAGUCUGACUUAAAAUUGAUUGUGUAAGACUAUUCAUCACUUCGAACUCCAUACUAACGCUAUGCAAUUGUAAAAGAUGCAACAUUUAUUGCAAUUUUUUUCUUUAUACCACCCGGGCUAAAUUUUGAUUGCGGAAGUCGUCUUCAUGGACUGCGAAAAGUAUUGAUUUGUUGACAUGAUUGCUUUACACAAAUAUUUUCAACUACAAUGCUGAAAGCAUAUAUAACUUCUGUAUACAGUUUUCUUGAAAUCGCGCGCGAGGUUAGCUGGCCGUUAAACGGCGAUUAUAUUUGGGCGUCUCUACACUUCUAUAGAGGACUUUCACGGGUCUACCGCACCAUGAUAAAAGUUCCAAUGUUGCAGCGACCAAAAUCUGAAUAUCCAAGUGCGGAGAUUAGAAACUGCUUGAAGCCUAUUGUUUUUUUUGUAAUUGGAAUACUUCUGCUCAAUACUAGAAUUUAAUUGUUUUAUGAUAGUAUUAUUUAUUGUGAUAAUUAAUACCCGAUUGGACGGAUUUCACUUAAAAACCUGCCGCUUUGCAAAUUAUUUGCGGGUGUACAACUGAUUAUUUUAUCUAACCAAAAUUCUUCGUGUGACAUCCAUUCAUGAAUGAGAUACAUACACUGGUUCAGAGUGGUUAUGAUAUGUGAAAGGUUAGUUCAUUCUUCUUCUCAUCACUUUACUGAAGCCGCUCUGAAGAAAUGUGGUAUAAUUUUUUUUUUUGAUAAGUAGAGAAAAUUUCCUUUUACACAUUCAUGUCCGGAAUAGGAAUUAUUAACAAAAGUUUUUUGGUACAGUUAUCAUAAAUAAUAAUAAAGUUUAUAUCAGACUUUUUUUUAAUUAUCUGCAUGAAUAUUCCAAAAUCAAUUGCUUUCCCUUAACACUGAGCUCAUGGAAUUUGGUGAUGUACGAAAAAAUAGUUGAAAAUGAGGAUUUUUUGAUAAGUAGAGAAAAUUUCCUUUUACACAUUCAUGCUCGGAAUAGGAAUUGAUAACAAAAGUUUUUUUGGUACAGUUAUCCUAAAUAAUGCUGUCACUAGCGGAUUACAAAUAUCAGUUUUUUUAUAAUAAAUUUUCAUAAACAUG